CGAAUUCAUUUUUUUUUUUUGGUCUUCUUGAAUAUACUUUAUUAAAUAGAAAGUUUAAAAAGAUAAAAAAAAUCUUAAGAUAAUCAAUAGGAAAACAAUGACUAGUUAGAAAGCAGAAGGAGAGAUAUUGAGCAAACAUGUUUCCCUGAAAACAUUCUUUAUAUAUUGACAGGUUCUGUGGACCAGCGACUACAGUGUCUGUAAAAUGCAUAUUUCCUCCACGUGUGAGUGUCAAGACCCUGGGUCAGGCCGUGUGGUGGACAGGAGAGUGCUAUACUGCUGUAAUCACACUCUUCCCGGAGCAAGUUCACCUGCUACACACGGCGCCUCCCACACUCUUUGUCACCGGACCGCCCGGUACAGGUAAAACUGUGGUGCUGCUGCUGAUGGCCAUACAGUGGCUGCGGUGUGGUCACCACGUCUACGUUGUGUCUACAUGGAAAGGUAGUCGCUUGGCGUGUAGAGUGCUGCAUCACCUGCUGCUGCAGACGAUAAAGGAGGAUCCGACAACAGCGGCAUCAUCUGAACAUCUCCAUCUUCUGGAGUAUGAUUUCUUUAACGAUAAGAAAGAUGCGGACAAGGCAGCGAAACACUUAUCACAGGCAGCGACAGAAGGGGAAUUAUAUGUCAUCGCGGAUGAAGCAGGACCAAAGCAUGAUGUCCAGACCUUCCUUGGCAAGCUGCUGACACAAAUUCCUCAGCUUCAUCUUUGGGCGGCAAGUUAUUAUCAUGGAGCUGCCCCCCGUGGCUGGCAAGAGGAACAUCUAACCAGACCCCUUCGCUGUCCCCCGGCCGUCGUCAGGGAAGUGGAGAAGGACAGCGAGAUCACUGAGUACCAUGAUGUCCACCCGUACAGUAAGCGAGGUGUGGCCGACCAGACAGACGGCCCGCCAGUCACACGACUGUAUCACCGAGGUCAGGGUCACACAAGUCAUCUGCCGCAAGACUGUGUCACUUGCGGUGGUGAGGUGGCCAGCUUCCUACACAGUCUCCGUGUUGAUGCUACAGAGAAUGGCCAGGCAUCUUCAGAAACUUCCAGAAGUGACAGUACAACACUUCGUCUGCAGUGGCGAGACAUGUUAAUGCUGUACUGGGGUGACGUGACCGACAUCUCGGGUAUGGUGACAGGACUGCAAGAAGCGGAUAUCCCAGUGAAGGUGAUGAAGGAUGAUGACAUCGAGGAUGUGGCCACGGCCCGUAGUGACGUAGUGUGGGUGGCCAGCGGAGAUCGUGUUCGUGGUCUGGAGAGGAAAGUCGUGGUGUGUCUGGAGCAUCAUACAAUCUUUGUCCCACUUCAUUGGAUGUCCCGGUGUACGUCACAACUGGUGAUUGUCUCUCCUGACGAUUAGCCACGUGAACACGAGCCACAGUCGUACCUCUGUCACGUGAUGUAGUUUUGUGUGUCUCUACCUCUCCCACAUCAAGGCUGCCUUCCCUACUUCUUGUCUUCUUUUCUCAGCUGAUCUCCAUAAUAUCAUCAUAUCUAUAAUAUAUUGUGCUUUUAUUUUCAAAACUAUGCCCAUUCAAGAUGCACUUUGACAUGUGUUGCUGUACUUUUACAACAAUAUAGCUGUAGAUACUACUGUAUAUAGUGCACCACUUUGUAUAUACUUGACAUGCUCAGUUGAGAAGCAUUUGUCAAUACCCUUGUAAAUACAAAAAGUCUUUAAAGUAUUUCUAAUAUUUUUUAAAAAAUGUGUUCAUCUAGAAAGGGGUUGAACUGAAAAAAAAUAUUUCGAAGCCUCUAGAAUGUUGGCAUUAAGAUUGAACCAAUGCUAUUUAGAUAAAACAAAAUAAAAGAUAUAAUGAGCAUUCUUGAAUUUGAAGUUUGUUAGAAACAACGCAUAGACACAAACAAAUUUGAGGAUGUAUAUACUACAAGUCUGCUGUAUCUGCGGUGAUGUCACAGUAGUACAAAUGUGAGGUUGUUGUGUGUCUAGGUACAGUUUGUAACAUCAAGACUACACGCUCACCUGUCAUUACCUGUCCAUGUCAUUUACUACAGGAGACAAAUCACCCAUUCUCCCCACCCCUCCCCCUCCCAGUACACGUGACUGUCAGUCAGACUGGAGUCAGACCAUGAAGCACGUGGAGUUGAAUGACCUGAGAUUCUGCUUCUGCUGGGGUAGCCCUACCUGGCCAUUUGUUACCAUCUUAGGCUGUUGUCCACCGUAUUGUGAUUGUGAUAGCCCGCAUUAGUCCUUUUUCAACAACCUUAAUUCAUGUGUUAUACUAACCAUUCUGUUCUUGUGUCUAGUUUAAAACUUUAAGUUCAAUAACACUGCUGUUUCUCCAUGACUAGAACUAAAAUAAGCUUGUAUUUAUUAAAACAAAAUCAUCAUAGGCAAACAGAAAAAUCAAAAUUAACGUUACUAAUCACACUUUCUCCAAAACAACCCCCCCCCCAAAAAAAAAAAAAAUCAAAGAAAAAAAAAAGCAAAGCAAAACCAGCGAUAGAUUUUGUAGAUAUUGCUCGAUAUCAAUAUUUAUUUGGUAAUCUUCACUUUGACUAAGGGAGACUAUUUACUUCGGUAAUGAACUGUUUUCUGCUUGUGGAGUUUUUUUUUCUAUUGUUUCUUUUAUUUCUCCUACUCAUGAGAAGCAAGGCAUGGUGUCAAGCGCAAGGCUUCCAAGGAAACAAAAUGAACAACAUGGCUGAGUCGAGAUCUGAAUAAAGUGUAUUAGUGACUAACCGACCUUAACGACGGAGACCAAGACAUUAAGCCCAGUAAAUCACAGAGGUGUGAAAAACAAUGUCACAGACAUUAACAAAUUUCAAAGAAUCAAAAGGUUUGAUUCUGUUCUAUGAGUCGAUGAUGAAGACCAUAUGGAAAUAAUUAAAUGAAAAAAUAAAAGUUUCAAAGCAUGAAA